AUUUGACCAAAUUGGUUCACACAGUUCCAGCGUGCGGCGAUCGGGUUAAACACGCGGGUUUUACUGUUAUCCUCAAAAUGGCAAAACAUUGGUACUUCGCAUUUGUUCUCUGCUGCUGUUUUCUAGCAUCUACGACUUUGACCACGACUUCUUAUCCUAGUUCCUUGACAAUAAUCGAAGACUGGUUAUGGCCCCUCAAUACCAUUAACCUACGCCUUUACUUCAAGAGCAACUACACGUAUAAAGAGGUCAACUCUAGAAAUUCAACACACCUUCUGCAGUACAUGGACUUGACCAAGUGUACAGUAUUGCAUUGCCAUGGUUAUCGGAAUACGGCAGACAGUCCAAAUGUCGUGGCCAUAACAGAAGCCUACUUAGACGGUUACGACUGCAAUAUUAUAGUCGCAGAUUACAGAUAUGUUACAUACAGAUUUUAUAUAUCCGUGGUUUCGCUGAUCGAGGCCGUAGCUGUGGUUCUAAUUGAAAGUAUCGAGCUGUUGGUAGCGAAUGGGAUGAACAGUGAAACGUUCGUGCUCAGUGGACAUUCUAUGGGUAGUCAAAUAAUUGGCGACAUUGCACGCAAUCUGUCUUUCACAGUCUCACAGAUAAUGGCAAUGGACCCAGCUGGUCCUCUUUUCGGGUUUCCCGAGCGUACGAUAAGUGCUGCAGAUGCGCGCUGUGUUAAAUGCAUUCACUCUGACAUGGGCUAUGCCGGCACUAUUGUGCCCUGUGGUCAUCAAGACUAUUAUCCGAACGGUGGACGUAGAAUACAACCAGGUUGCCCAAUAACAGAAGACCUUCUAGACAUGUGCAGCCAUAUUAGGGCUGGGGAUUUUAUUCGAGAAUCUGCAUUACACCCGAACAGCGUUCUUGGUAUACGAUGCAAUAGUUGGGAAGAUUUUAUAGCUGGGAACUGUGAUAAGUCUGCUAUAAUUCCGAUGAGCCAGAAUGGACCUUGUAACAUUACUGGUAAAUUCUAUUUCCAAUCAAACGCGAAUUGUCCUCUUGGGAGAGGUAUGCUGGGAACAGUUUACAAACCAUUGCUUAGCGUAAUCAACGAAGGCCAUUAAUGACACUUUUGUUGAAUCCGUUCGUGUAUGUGUGUAUGCGAGGGGCCGGAGUGUGAGACAAUACAUGGCAAUACAUUUCGGAGUGGUUCGUAAGCCAAAAAAUUAAACACGUAUGAUAAGAUUAACACAAUCAUCAAAAUAGUAACAUAAAUAAUCUACGACUAUUACAUGAGUAAUAGUCGCUAAUAACCAACGCUGCUAUAUAUAAUGCUGCUCAAAUCUUACAUCAUAAAAAGAGAAACAGAAUAAUAUAGAAUACAAAAAAUGCAUUUUCA